CAUCAACAGCACAAAAUACGCAACAUUUCCACCCUGCCACGUCUUCGCCAUACCAUUUAAGGUGCCCAAAGAGGAAGAGAGAGCAGAAUGUCGAAACUUUCGUCCCCGCUUAAGGCUCUUAUCUCGGCCCCCUUCGCCAAACCAAACACUCUCCCCACGAACCCCCAAGUUUUCUCAGUGUACCAACGAUUACGGCAAGAAGCAGAUGCAAAGAAAGUCGGAAGAUCAGCAUGGCUUACAUUAUCUGUAUUUUUCACUCCGCCUUUCCGUAAGGACGUUGUCUAAUUGGGAGGAAACAGACUGCUGCAACGAUGACGAUGAAUUCCCCCGCCUCGUUAGCGGAACUAUAUCGCCUCGCCACAAGCCCAUCAGCAGAAAGAGCGGAGGCAGUCAAAACCGCUGAAUUGAUGAGAGAAAUAGGAUUGAAGUGUAUUGGGUUUAAUGGGGUAUAUUAACUCUACCAAGAGUCUCAGCAAAAAUCUCAUUUUCCUCCAGGUUCCACGAACAAUCAAUUGUCUCGGUGCAUUUCGAGCUAGUCUCCCUCCAGAGGUUGUAGAUUCGUUAUCUACAAAGCCCACCAGGUUUGCCUUCCCUCUUCGGUUUAACGUUAUACCCACAGCUUGCUAAGGAACAUCUAGAAUUCCUAACCAGGAAAAUAUCAACAGCAUAAUUGCUCGUGGCGACAGUUUAUGGGAUUCUAUCUACCAUCCGUUCUCCACAAAACUUGUUGCAAAACUAGCAUCAUCUCACCCAGAUCUUCCAGUGCACAUCUUGAAUCAUGAAUACGGUGCUUUAUUCGCUGACCCCCCCUCGCUUCCUGCCGGUGCAAAGGUAGGUCGAGUAUUGACCUCGAUCGUGGCCGUUGCAUGCCUACGCUCUCAAACUGGGGUUGGUCCUCAAGUCAUUAGUCACGUUUUUGGUUUAAGGAAAGCGUAUGAGGAUGACAGUGCUCAAGCCGACGGGGAGUUUCCCGUAGAAGGCGGAGAAUGGCUAGCGAGCGACGAGGGAAACAUGUGGCUUUUGGAAAGUGUAGAUAGCAUAGUUGAGGCAUUGGGUAAGGGAGAAGGAAGUACAUUUGCUCCGGGAAUGAUAAAGUCAAAACUGUAAAUAUCCAGAUUUUAUGACAUAGAUGGAAAAGAAAUGCUUCGGUAUAGACAUAUACAGAAGAAUAGCUUUCGUACAA